UUCUGCGGAAUGGGGUCUUGGCAGCGUUUGCUGUGUUUUGGCGGGGUGGCGCUCCGGAGUGGUGGCGGGGCCUGUGUCCCGCUUGGGGGAAGCCACUCGGUGUGUCGGCGCCAGUUAUCUGGCGCUGAAAAUGAGACCCUAAAACAAAGAAGAACACAAAUCAUGUCCCGAGGACUUCCAAAGCAGAAACCAAUAGAAGGUGUUAAACAAGUUAUAGUUGUGGCUUCUGGAAAGGGUGGAGUUGGAAAGUCUACAACAGCAGUUAACCUUGCACUUGGACUAGCAGCGAAUGAUUCGGUAGGUGUUCAUUAAUAGAAUUAUUAAUUUAUUAAAAUGUGUUU